AUGCCUGCUUCGUGGGAAUACGCCCGCGCCAUCCACCUCUGCCGCCGCGAAAUCGCCUUCCUGAAGGCUGCCCGCCGCCGCCACCAUCAGUGCGGGACCUUUACGGUCGACGAGGAUAUCGCGCUCCGGCGCAAGAUUCGCGAGCACCGGCGCGGGCUGGCCGUGUUCAUCCCAGCGUACCGGCUGGCUGUGGCCCUCGAGGCCAAUUUCCAACAGACUUGA